CAGCCGCCAAAAUCUCCAUCAUUUCUUCCCCAGUUCUCUCUUUACCCCUCUCUCUCUCUCUCUCUCGAGAAAUCCAUGGAGAUUCUUCGAUCGAAAAGAGCUUCAACUGCGGAAGCGCAAACUCCGAGAAGCAUCCCCCUUUAUCGCUCCGCCCCCGAUAUUGAAGUUCGCAUCGACGAUUUCGAGCUCUAUGCCAUCGAUCGCCUCCGAGUUCUGAAGGGGAUCUCUGAUGGAUUAUCCCGUGGGAAGAAGCCUGAUGAGAUGGAAAAAUUGGUUGAAGAGCUGUGGCGAGCAAACAUGAGGCACCAAGAUCCAUCAGAAAUCACAAAGAAGGACAUAAUAUCACAUUUUGUACUUCGACUUGUGUAUUGUAGAUCGGAGGAGUUGAGAAAGUGGUUUCUUCAAAUGGAGACCACACUUUUCCGCUGUAGAUAUCGAGCUGAAAGUUAUGAAUCCCAGAAGAUGAUCAUGUCUGAAUUUAAUAUUACAAAUAAACCAAUUGGUUCUGCGGAAUAUGAGACUGUGAAGGAUAAACUGGUUCAAGUAGCACGUUCUAUCAGUCAAACUUCCAUAUCUGAUACCAUCUUCUUCAAGGUACCCUUUGAGGAAGUGCCCGAUCUUGUUGCAAGCCGCAGAGUUUUCCUUCGCAAAGGUUAUGCUUAUGUUGCCAUGAAUCAGGUGGUAUCUCUUCUUGUCACUCACUUCCAGAGUACCUUAUCCAAGGCUCUUGAUCUGACCAACAGUAAAUGGCUGACCAUCAUGGUGCACGAAAGAGAUAGGUUGAAACCUAUGGUGGAAGCCCUCAGCACAAGUUAUCUGGGACCUGACUAUUCUCAGCCAAAAGAAUAUGCUGAUAUUUCUCUAAAGGACAUUGAGCAACUGGCUAGUAGUUCUUUCCCUCUUUGCAUGCGACAUUUAUUUGACAAGCUAAGGGAAGACCAUCAUUUGAAGCAUGGAGGGAGGAUGCAACUGGGUCUUUUUCUUAAGGGUGUUGGCCUGAAAUUGGAGGAUGCUCUUGCUUUCUGGAGAGCUGAGUUUUCUCCAAAGGUUAACACUGAGAGGUUUGACAAAGAAUAUGCAUACAGCAUUCGGCAUAACUAUGGGAAAGAAGGAAAGAGGACUGAUUAUACGCCGUAUUCCUGUCAAAAGAUUAUCUCAUCCACAACUGGGUCUGGUGAUCACGGCUGCCCUUAUCGACAUUUUAGCGAGGAAAAUCUUAGAGCUGCUCUUGGUAAAAUGGGGGUAGGGGGACACACACUGGAAGAUGUAAUUGAUAAGGCUCGAAAUCAUCAUUAUCAACUAGCAUGUACGUUGACUUUCGAAGCUAUUCAUGCUACUUCUUGUGAAUCUGGUAUCAACCAUCCUAACCAGUAUUUCAGUGAAAGUAGGAAGAUUCUGCAACCUAAGAGCCAGACAACAGAAUAGAUCAACCUUGCCUACCACACAUGAAUAGUUUAUUUGACAUUAUUCCAGGAUUUUAGAUGUGGAGACUGUAGUAAGAUACUGGGAAAAGUGGAAGUGAAAAUUGCAUGUCACCUUGCAACAAUAAUAGCAAAACCGUUGGUUUUUUGGUGCAUCUCAUAAAUUAUUAGGAGUUGAAGGCGAGUCUUCUUGGAAGCCAAAUUAUUUUGCUUCCUGAAGGUCUAGUGUAACUUGGGUGACUUAACUUUUAUCAUUCAGUAAUCGUAGUUAUUAUUGAAGGGUUAUGCUUGUAAUGAUUUUGGCCUGUCAUAGAACAGCUUUUACAAAGAUUGGAGUUGUAUAUUUUUGGAUGAUAAUGGAAAUGAUUUACGAAGA